CUUCAAAGCAUUGAUGGCUACUCAGAGCAAGGCUUUACAGGAUCCUAACAGAACUUUUCUCUCACCUUAGCAGCCUUUGGCAGGAUGGGGGAGGAGGGGUUCACAGGGGCUUUGCCUCCCCUGAAAGGACACAAUUUUGUUGGUUGAAGAAAAGUAGUGGGAGCUUCUAAAGUCCUGAGGGAAGUUGCUGGGAUAGAACCCUGAGAAGUUUUGUACCACUUUGUCUUCCCCGUUGAGCACCAUCUGAGCUGUCAAACUUUGCUGCCAAGGGGGCUGAAUCAACCUGCAGCCUGAAAUGAGUGGGUAGGUAGGAGGCUUCUUUGACACAGAUUUGCCUGUUCCUAAGGUUUCCAGGACCGAGGAGACUUCAUAAUUGGUUGAGAGCAGACAGACUUUUUGGCCAAUCAGACUCAGAGCAGAGGUGGGGGAUCUGCUCUUCCUGCCCACCUCUCCUCCCCCUGUUCCCCAGCUCCACUCAGAUUCAGUUCCCAUCCCCCCUCCACCCACCCCCGCCAUUUGGUGACUAAGAAGAACUGCUGCAGGCAGACAGACCUCGGAGCAGUUUUUAAGAGGCUGGAAGGAGACAAGAGAUUUCAGCUGCUACAUUCCAAGACCUGGGUCUACCUUGGAGACAGGACAGCACAGAGUCAGUGUCCAGGAAGGGCCUUCUGGGUCAUGGGACCUGAGACACCCCCACAGCUCGCUGGGAAAUGGCAGGUGCUCUGCAUGUUGUCCUUGUGCUGCUGGGGCUGGGCAUCCGGGCAGCUUCGGUACUCAGUGGUGGAGGAGUCAGAGCCGGGGACGUUGGUGGGGAAUGUUGCUCAGGAUCUUGGCUUAAAGGUGACAGAUCUGUUGAGCCGCCGACUGCGGUUGGGGUCUGAGGAGAAUGGCCACUAUUUUUCCCUGAGCUUGAUGAGUGGUGCUCUGACAGUGAAUAAGAAGAUUGACCGAGAGAGCCUGUGUGGAGCCAGUACGAGCUGCCUGCUGCCCGUGCAGGUGGUGACUGAACAUCCCUUGGAAUUAAUGCGCGUAGAGGUAGAGAUCCUGGAUCUCAAUGACAACUCUCCUAGCUUUGCCACCUCAGAGCGGGAGAUACGCAUCUCAGAAUCAGCUGCACUUGGGGCACGAUUCCCACUGGAUAGUGCCCAGGAUCCAGAUGUGGGCACCAAUACUGUGAGCUUCUACACUCUAAGCCCCAGCAGCCACUUCUCUCUGAAGGUGAAGACCCUAAAAGAUGGGAAGCUAUUCCCAGAGCUGGUGCUAGAGCAGCAGCUGGACCGUGAAGCCCAGGCGAGACAUCAGCUCGUGCUCACUGCUGUGGACGGAGGUGUCCCAGCCCGCUCAGGGACCACCCUUAUCUCUGUCACUGUGCUGGACGUCAACGAUAAUGCCCCCACCUUCCAGUCCUCAGUUCUUCGCGUGGGGCUCCCUGAGAAUGCACCUGUGGGUACACUGCUGCUUCGCCUCAAUGCCACUGACCCAGACGAGGGCACCAAUGGCCAACUAGACUAUUCUUUCGGGGACCAUACAUCUGAUGUAGUGCGUAAUCUUUUUGGCCUAGACCCUAGCAGUGGAGCAAUCCACGUGUUGGGUCCCAUAGAUUUUGAGGAGUCGAGUUUCUAUGAAAUUCAUGCGAGAGCCCGUGACCAGGGACAGCCAGCCAUGGAAGGCCACUGUAUGAUUCAAGUGGAUGUGGGAGAUGCCAAUGACAAUGCCCCAGAGGUACUCCUGGCCUCUUUGGUCAACCCUAUCCUGGAGAGCACACCAGUGGGCACGGUAGUGGGCUUGUUCAAUGUGCGGGACCGAGACUCAGGUAGAAAUGGUGAAGUGAGCCUUGAUAUCUCCCCAGACCUGCCAUUUCAGAUUAAGCCUUCUGAGAACCACUACUCACUGCUGACCAGCCAGCCUUUGGACCGGGAGACCACAUCCCACUAUACCAUUGAGCUUUUGGCCAGUGAUGCAGGCUCACCUCCCCUGCACGCCCAUCUCACCAUCAGGCUCAACAUUUCAGAUGUUAACGACAACGCCCCCUACUUUACUCAGCAGCUCUAUACCGCAUACAUCCCAGAAAAUCGGCCUCCAGGUUCCCUUCUCUGCAUUGUGGCUGCUUUGGAUCCAGAUACUGGGGAUAAUGCUCACCUCACCUACUCCAUCGUAGGGAAUCAGAUUCAGGGAGCCCCAGCUUCCUCCUUCGUAUAUGUCAACCCUGAGGAUGGGCGAGUCUUUGCCCAGCGCACCUUUGACUAUGAAUUGCUGCAAAUGCUGCAGAUCAUGGUGGGGGUUCGAGACUCUGGCUCUCCCCCGUUGCAUUCUAACACAUCUCUGCAUGUGUUUGUCCUGGACCAGAAUGAUAACGCGCCGACUGUGCUGCACCCAAGACCCGGGUGGGAACUCUCAGUCCCCCAGCGCCUCCCUCGUUCUGCUCCUCCUGGCUCCUUGGUCACCAAAGUGACAGCUGUGGAUGCUGACGCAGGCCACAAUGCGUGGCUUUCCUAUUCGCUGUUGCCACAGUCCACGGCCCCGGGACUGUUCCUGGUGUCUUCACAUACUGGCGAGGUGCGCACGGCCCGGGCCUUACGGGAGGAUGACUCUGACACCCAGCAGGUUGUGGUCCUGGUGAGGGACAACGGUGACCCUUCACUCUCCUCUACAGCUACGGUGCUGCUGGUUCUGGAGAAUGAGGAUCCCGAGGAGAUGCCCAAGUCCAGCGAUAUCCUCUCAAACCCUCCUGAGCAUGCAGACCUUACCCUUUACCUCAUUGUGGCUCUUGCAGCCAUCAGUCUCUUAUCCUUAGUCACCUUCACCUUCCUGUCAGCUAAGUGCCUUUGGGGGCACAGAGAUGCAGAUGGGGGUGGGAGCCAGUGCUGCAGGCGCCAGGACUCCCCCUCUCGGGACUUCUAUAAGCAGUCUAGUCCCAACCUGCAGGUGAGCUCAGACGGCACACUCAAGUACAUGGAGGUGACGCUGCGGCCUUCAGACUCGCAGAGCCACUGCUACAGGACGUGCUUCUCACCAGCCUCGGAUGGCAGUGACUUCACUUUUCUAAGGCCCCUCAGUGUCCACCAGCCCUCAGCUCUGGUGCUGGAGCCUGAUGCCUACCGGUCCCGCUCUAACACACUGCGGGAGCGGAGCCAGCAAGCCCCGCCCAACACGGACUGGCGAUUCUCUCAGGCCCAGAGACCUGGCACCAGCGGCUCCCAGAACGGGGAUGAGACCGGCACAUGGCCCAACAACCAGUUUGAUACGGAGAUGCUGCAGGCCAUGAUCCUGGCCUCUGCCAGUGAAGCUGCUGAUGGGAGCUCCACCCUGGGAGGAGGUGCUGGCACCAUGGGCUUAAGUGCCCGCUAUGGGCCUCAGUUUACCCUGCAGCACGUGCCCGACUAUCGACAGAAUGUCUACAUCCCAGGCAGUAAUGCCACACUGACCAAUGCAGCCGGCAAGCGAGAUGGCAAGACUCCUGCAGGUGGCAACGGCAACAAGAAGAAGUCUGGCAAAAAGGAGAAGAAGUAAUCUGGAGGCCAGGCUUGGAGCCACAGGGCAGCUUCCCACCCCAACCAGCCCAGUCUUUCCUUACUUGUACCCAGGCCUUGGAUUUUCAGGGCUCACCCCCAGGAUACUGGUAGGGAUCCAGGCCAUGCUCCCCUUGGGAAACAGAAACAAGU